AUGUCGCGCGUCGUCCAGAAGAAGAACCACUGGGCCGGCCGGGUGCGGCAGUGCUCGCUCACCCGGGGGCCCGGCGGGCAGCUGGGCUUCGCCUUGCUCGGCGGCGCGGAGCACGGCGAGUUCCCCUACGCGGGCGCGGUGGCGGGGGACGGCGAGGCGGCGCUGAGCGAGGGGGAGCUGCUGCUGGAGGUGCAGGGGGUCCGCGUCUCGGGGCUGCCGCGCUACGACGUGCUGGAAGUGAUCCGGAGCUGCAAGGACCCCAUCGUGGUGAAAGCCGUCCGACAAGGAAGCAGACUGAACAAAGACCUGAGACAUUAUCUCAACCAGAGGUUUCAGAAAGGAUCGCCGGAUCACGAUCUGCAGCAGACUAUUAGAGAUAACCUUUAUCGCCAUGCUGUGCCUUGCACAACCCGCCCUCCAAGAGAAGGAGAAGUGCCUGGUGUGGACUAUAACUUUCUGACUGUGGAGGAGUUUCUGGAGUUGGAGCGAAGUGGGACCCUUCUGGAAGUAGGAACUUAUGAAGGUAACUAUUAUGGAACGCCCAAGCCUCCCAGCCAGCCCCUCAGUGGGAAAGUGACUUCCACCGAUGCUUUGCAAAACCUGCAGUCUGGCUCCAAGCAGUCGACUCCAAAGCGAACCAAGUCUUACAAUGAUAUGCAAAAUGCUGGCAUAGUGCAUACAGAGAAUGAGGAAGAGGACGAUGUACCUGAAAUGAGCAGUAGCUUCACAGCUGCAGAGUCUGGUGACCAAGACGAGCAUAGUACGCAUAUCGUAAGAGAGACAGCCCCACCGUCCACGAUUGAUAGCCACACCAACGUUCCCACCACGGAACCAUCUCAGAACCUCCCUCAAUACCUACCUCCUUCUGCCGAGGAUAACCUAGGUCCUCUGCCGGAAAACUGGGAGAUGGCCUACACCGAGAAUGGAGAAGUCUAUUUUAUAGACCAUAACACAAAAACAACAUCUUGGCUAGAUCCACGGUGCCUGAACAAACAGCAGAAGCCUCUAGAAGAAUGUGAAGAUGAUGAAGGGGUACACACGGAGGAACUGGACAGUGAACUAGAGUUGCCUGCUGGUUGGGAGAAAAUUGAGGAUCCUGUAUAUGGUGUCUACUAUGUAGACCACAUCAACCGGAAGACACAGUAUGAAAACCCAGUUCUUGAAGCAAAGAGGAAGAAACAGCUUGAGCAACAGCAACAGCCACCAGAAGAAUGGACAGAGGAGUGUCCAUCUCUCCCACCACCCGCUGCUCCAAACCAUGUUUCAAACAACCAGGAGGCAGUUCGGGAAGCACCAGUGCAAGGAAAACCAUUUUUUACACGAAACCCUUCGGAGUUGAAAGGGAAGUUCAUCCACACCAAGCUAAGGAAAAGCAGCAGGGGUUUCGGCUUCACCGUCGUUGGAGGGGAUGAGCCGGAUGAAUUUCUCCAAAUCAAAAGUUUGGUGCUUGACGGCCCCGCAGCACUGGAUGGCAAAAUGGAAACAGGGGACGUCAUAGUCAGUGUGAACGAUACCUGUGUGCUGGGGCACACUCACGCUCAAGUUGUGAAAAUCUUCCAGUCCAUCCCCAUCGGUGCCAGCGUGGACCUCGAACUGUGCCGAGGCUACCCCCUGCCCUUCGAUCCCGAUGAUCCCAACACAAGCCUGGUUACAUCUGUGGCAAUUUUGGACAAAGAGCCGAUCAUUGUGAACGGGCAGGAAAAUUACGACUCCCCAGCGAGCCACAGUAGUAAAACAGGGAAAGUAAAUGGCACAAAGGAAGCGAGACCCAGCAGCCCGGCUGAGGUCUCUUCCAACGGACCCCAUGGUUACCCCAAUGACACGGUCUCUUUGGCGUCUUCGAUAGCAACACAACCUGAACUCAUAACUGUGCAUAUAGUGAAAGGGCCUAUGGGCUUUGGGUUUACUAUAGCAGACAGUCCCGGUGGGGGUGGCCAAAGAGUGAAACAAAUCGUGGACAGUCCACGGUGCCGCGGCCUGAAGGAGGGUGAUCUUAUAGUUGAAGUCAACAAGAAGAAUGUGCAGAGCCUCACUCACAACCAGGUGGUGGAUAUGCUGAUUGAAUGUCCUAAGGGAAGCGAAGUCACGUUGCUGGUGCAGCGAGGAGGACUGCCAGUCCCAAAGAAGAGCCCGAAGUCGCAACCGCUUGAAAGGAAAGACAGCCAAAACAGUUCUCAGCAUAGCGUCUCCAGCCACCGCAGCGGGCACACCGCUUCCCCCGUUCACAGCACGCAGGUGCUGCCGGACUACACCGCCGCGGAGGCGCCGGCUGCGGAUCAACCGGACAGUUCUGGGCAGAAAAAGCCAGAUCCAUUCAAAAUCUGGGCCCAGUCCAGGAGCAUGUAUGAAAGCCGACCUAUGUCACCUUCGCCUGCAACUGGACUGAGCAAGGGUGAGAGAGAGAGAGAAAUCAAUUCCACGAGUUUUGGAGAAUGCCCACUUCCAGAUUACCAAGAGCAGGAUAUCUUUCUAUGGAGAAAGGAAACCGGUUUUGGAUUUAGGAUUCUAGGUGGAAAUGAGCCUGGAGAACCUAUUUACAUCGGUCACAUUGUACCGCUGGGUGCUGCUGAUGCUGACGGCCGCCUGAGAUCGGGUGAUGAACUGAUCUGUGUGGAUGGGACGCCUGUUGUUGGGAAAUCGCACCAGCUUGUCGUCCAGCUUAUGCAACAGGCAGCCAAACAAGGUCAUGUCAAUCUGACCGUCAGGCGCAAAGUGGUUUACACAGUUCCCAAGGCAGAGAAUGAAGUCCCGUCCCCAGCCUCUUCCCACCACAGCAGCAAUCAGCCAGCCUCGCUGACAGAGGAGAAGCGAACGCCACAGGGCAGCCAGAACUCCCUCAACACCGUCAGCUCGGGCAGCGGCAGCACCAGUGGCAUCGGCAGCGGUGGUGGCGGGGGCAGCGGUGUCGUCAGCGCCGUGGUCCAGCCCUACGAUGUGGAAAUCCGCCGCGGCGAAAACGAGGGGUUCGGCUUCGUCAUCGUCUCAUCAGUGAGCAGGCCAGAGGCGGGGACGACAUUUGCGGGAAAUGCAUGUGUGGCCAUGCCUCACAAAAUAGGUCGGAUAAUUGAAGGGAGUCCCGCAGACCGCUGUGGCAAGCUGAAAGUAGGCGAUCGGAUCUUGGCCGUGAAUGGGUGCUCCAUCACCAACAAGUCGCAUUCAGACAUCGUCAACCUCAUUAAGGAAGCGGGAAACACCGUUACCCUGCGCAUCAUUCCAGGAGAUGAAUCCUCCAAUGCUACUUUAUUGACCAAUGCAGAAAAAAUUGCUACAAUUACAACCACACAUACUCCUCAGCAAAUACCACAGGAGACCAGGAACACCACCAAACCAAAGCAGGAAUCCCAGUUUGAUUUCAAACCGCCACAAGCAGCGCAGGACCAAGACUUCUACACUGUUGAGCUGGAAAGAGGAGCCAAAGGGUUUGGCUUUAGCCUGCGAGGUGGCCGGGAGUAUAAUAUGGAUCUGUACGUGUUGCGGCUAGCUGAGGAUGGUCCAGCUGAGAGAUGUGGGAAGAUGAGGAUCGGUGAUGAAAUCUUAGAGAUCAACGGAGAAACUACCAAGAACAUGAAGCACGCUCGGGCCAUCGAACUGAUUAAAAACGGUGGCCGCAGGGUCCGCCUGUUUCUGAAACGUGGAGAUGGCUCUGUCCCAGAAUAUGCGAUGAUACCUCCUAAUAUCGCUGCAUGUAUGAGAAAUGACAAGCUCGGGGAGUCUUGCUUCUACCUUAUGGGCCAUAAUCAAACUACGACCCCAGCAGUGACAGGAACAGUCCCGCCACAGGUUCACAAAAUGUAUCGGAAAUGAAACCCGUGCCAUCCGACCGACGGCAGCACCCAUCAUCGGAGUCCAGUU